AUGGACGCUGAGCUCAAUGUAAUAGGCAAAGUUACAAAUAAUAUGCCAUCCACUCACCUUUAUACCAAAAUCAACUGGGAUAAUACACAACUCGCAGAUCCAUUAUUCCAUGUACCAGGUCCAAUCGACGUUCUACUUGGAAUUGACUACUUCCCCAAGUAUAUGAAGUCGGGAUUCAAGGCAACAGAGGAGGGACUAGUGGCACAAAACACUCACUUCGGAUGGAUUAUUAGCGGAACCACAUCAUCGAGUCCACAACUUCGUGUAGCAAGCUUGAUCACGAAUUUGAAUGAGAAUUCACAACACACAAAAUUCUGGAACAUCGAAGAAGCAGAAAAUUCCGAGGAAACAACAAACGACGAUACUUUCGUCGAAGAAUUUUACUCCAACACCUUUCGACGGGACGAGCACGGUUAUACUGUGAAACUUCCAUUCAAGAAAAAUACAACUCAGCUAGGAGAAUCGAAGCAGAGGGCACUGGCACGACUAUUUCAAUUGGAAAACAAGCUGGAUAAAGACGAAAAGCUUAGAACUAUGUAUAAAGAUUUCAUGCAGGAAUACAUUGCGCUAGGUCAUAUGAAAAUUGCUAGCUCAAAUAAUUCAGCGAAGAGGUAUUAUAUUCCACAUCAACCCGUAUUGAAAGAUGAACGUGAUACGACAAAGCUAAGAGUCGUAUUCGAUGCAAGUGCAAAGACAAGUACCGGACUCAGCCUAAACGACAUUCUUCACACAGGACCUAAACUGCAGCAGGAUCUCAUAGAUAUUCGAUAA